UUCGCCUCUCCAGUUCCGCCCCUGCCGCGGUGGCUUGUGGUCAUUGUUCGGGUGGGAGCUGCAGCGAUGGCGGGAGCGCGGAUGUGGACUCAGGCCGUUCGCCGCUUCAGCACCUCUCUCGUCCGCGGCUCGCAUUACCCUGAGGGCCCGGGGAAGAAUCUGCCUUUCUCAGUGGAAAAUAAGUGGAGGCUGUUGGCAAUGAUGUCGGUGUUUUUUGGCUCUGGCUUUGCAGCUCCAUUUUUGCUAGUGUGGCACCAGUUCAACAAGAAGUGAGACAUUAUUCAAUUGAACUCCUUUCAACUAGUGUGAUGUCUACUGCGCAGUUUCUCUGAGAGCCUUUCCAAUGAAAUGUUCUUGUAAAUAAAAGUAUUAUCAAAUUA